UUUAAAACAACAAUGCCUCAGUGUAAAGUAAAGUUAAAGUCAAAAUUACUGAAUAUCACAAUUAAAACGACGAAUGGUGACUACAAUUUGGAGAGAUUACAUUCCGAUACUGCCAUUUUCUAUUUUAAGUCACGUGUUUCUGCUAUAACGAAAAUACCAAAAUCCGAUGUGGAUAUACUACGCGUAAAAGGUCAAUCAUUUAUACCUUUAAACACCUCUGAGGGUACAAAGAGUAUUACUUCAAUUGGAAUUAUGGAUGGUGAUGUUCUCUACGUACAAGACAAACAAGAGCUAACAGAAGACAUGAAUGAUGAUUCAUUACAUUCGAUCCAUGAAAACAUUUCUAAUGAUGACAAUGAUUUGGAAAGUGAUACACUUUCAGUAGAGCAUAGUAUACAUUCAAUAGAAAAUAGUUCAAAUGAAGUUUUAUCACAGAAAGUGGUGCCAGCGGAUAAUUCAUGUCUCUUUUGGAGCAUACGUUUCGUAUUGAUGGGUAGAUUGGACUAUGAUGGGAAUCAAAUAAUGCGUCGUAUGGUGGCACAGGAAAUUGCAGCUGAUCCAAUACAAUACAAUAGUGCAAUUUUGGGCAUACCAAAUAAAACUUAUUGUAAAUGGAUUCAGCAGCCCUGCACCUGGGGCGGGUCUAUUGAAGUAUCAAUUAUUUCAAAACUUUAUGGAAUUGAAAUUGAUGUCGUUGAUACUCGAAAUGGGAUUAUAAUUCGUUUUGGGGAAGACAAAGCAUUUCAGUGCAGAGGUUUUAUAAUAUACGAUGGAUUUCAUUAUAACGCUCUUUAUAUGAAGAAAAAUAAUGAUACUAUCCCGAAAACAAUAUUUCCGAUAGACGAAAUGAAUGUCUUUCAACAGGCGCUUGAGAUCGCAAAAGAACAAAAAUCGAAGUACACUCUGAGUGACAAUAAAUUUAAAACUUAUUGUGUUGAAUGCGAUGCCAUAUUUUUGGGCAGUGCACAGAUUGAGGAACAUGCUGAGCAAUUCGGACAUUAUAAAUUUGACAAAAUUUAAAAUGAACAAUAUUAAUAACAUACUUUUAUAAACUAUAGUUAUUCUAUAAGUAAAAGUUUAUAUUAUAACUAGUUUUAUGCUUAAGACAACUCUAAGGAACGUUAACACAUAUA